CCGAUUGCGUUUGACAGGCUGACCACCCUCUAAUCGACGACCACAGAAUAUAUUAUCUAUAUCAGUAUUCUGUGUCGACGACUGUACUCGUUAUCGUUAUGUUGGAUAAUACUAUUAUCUACAUCGUGAUACGAACAUAUGAUAUCAGUUGUUGGCGCCUUUUUUAACAUUUUUGUUUCUCCUCAAUUCUUAAAUCACAAUAGCAUAACAUGUAAUACUGAAAUAUUGAAUAUUAUUUACUAUAUAGGUAUAGACGGUAUAGGUAGUGUUAUUUUUGUUUCGUGUAUCGCUCAGCGCUCUGACCACUUUCCUUAUUCCUUAAUACAAAUUUUUUUCUUCUUAAAUGUAUUUACGUUAAACAUUUCUGUAACGAAUGAGAGAUUACGUUUUCGUACGUCUUAUAAAUAUUUUACAUUUAAACUGCCUACAUAAAAUAUAAAUUAGUAAAUAUAAACGGUCGUGAUUUGGUUAUUGAGCUGUUACGCAAACGUCGUUUGCUUUUCACGUGGUUGUAUUUACUAUUUUGAUACAGUUCUUAAAAUGCUUAACGAAUCUGAGUUAAUAACACAUUUCGAUACUAUAUAUAGUUUUGCCGAAGUAUUAGCUUUGAAAAGUGUGGGUGAAAUUCAAAUACCAGUAUGUAGUUCUCUCGCCCAACUAACCUCAACAGAUUGCCUCAAAUUGAUGAAAUAUGAAUUGGAUAAAUGGUCUAAUCCUAAUGAAUCGUCUAUGGAAAGAAUACUUCUAUUUUAUUUAGUAACAGAUUACAUCGGCUGUGGAUUAUCUUCUCCAGAGUUUCAUACUAUAUUUUAUAAAAACCUUUCCACAGAAGCAUCAAAGAUAAAACUUUUGAAUGACUUAGUAAAAAUUUGGGAUAGUUUAUUCAAAAAUUAUAAAAUUCUAAAUAUUGAUUUUGUCAAAAAUUUGAUGGUCAGUUUGGAGCGCCUUUUUAUUAAAUUGACAAUUUUAGUUCCUGAUGAUCUUAUCAAAUUUAAAAGCAACAAAGUUAUAGAUAAAAUUAAUUAUUACAUUAAAGAGUAUGAGCAAAAUAUUUUAGAUAGUCAUACUUUAAGUAAUAAUUGUAUGCAACAACAACUUACCUGUAACAAGAAUAGAGUUUUAGGCAUUGAAAACAUAGUUCCAAAAUCAUCAGUUAAAUCAGAAGUGAAUUAUUGUAUCCAGAAUCUUGUCCAACAAAAUAAACGUAAAAAAGAUGCCAUGGUUAAUAAAAGUAUAGAAUCUAUGACUUUAAAUAGUCUAUCACAAAAAAGUAAUAUGGAUCUUCAAAAGCAUACUUCUGAAACUAUAGCUGAUCACCAUCUUCCAAAGAAACCAAAAUUAAUGGCAAGUGAUGUGCUAAAUAGGAGUACCACAUCAGAUGCUGACUGCAGUGUAAUAAUACCUCAUGAACAAAGGAAGCUCAAUGCUUUUCAAGUAAUGAUGCUCAAUGCUAAAAAACAAAAAACAAAAUUGAAAUAAAUAACAUAUUUUACUUUUAUUUUUAUAUAACUAAUAUUUUAGUAUAUUGGAAGGUUUUUCAUUUUUAUUUUUUUGUUACUUAGAUUGUAAUUUUUAUUAAUAUUAUUUGUACAGUAUGAUCAUUUAAUUAUUAGUAGUAUGAAUUAUAUAUAAUUAUAUAUUUGAUUAGAUAUAAAUGCAAUGUAUACUGCUCAGUAAAAUGUUUUUUUUUUCUAAUACACAUAAACUAGUAGUUUUAUGCGACUGUGAAUUGUAUUAUUUUUUAUUAAAUACUGUUAUUGACACACAAAAUAUUUCUAUUAUUAGGUAAUUUUUAAAACUAACAAAAUAAAAUUCUUUUUCUCAAC